CGAACACUAAUAACAACAACUGGAGCGUGGAACAACAAAAAAGAUCCAGACGAUGAACGGCCACCACCGGAAUCCGGUACCACAGAAGAAGACAUCAAAGUGUACAAACUGUACAGACGUGAACGUGAAACGCCAAAAAAACGGGGCAUCGAAAAACUUCAAAUCAUGACUGCAUUGAAGGGGAUGGCAUUCACGUUGUACGAACGUCAGUACUUUGGUAUUCACGGUUUACUUCCUCCAGCAUGUAUGUCAGAAGAUCAACAGGCAUAUCGAGUCAUUACCAAACUCAGGCAGCAACCAGAUGAUUUAGCACGAUACGUGCAACUGGACAGUUUGCAGGAGCGCGAUGAAAAAUUAUACUAUCGAGUGAUUUGUGAUCAUGUUAAGGAAUUGCUUCCUGUUGUCUAUACGCCGACAGUUGGCCUAGCAUGCCAAAAAUUUGGCUUCAUUUAUCGUAGACCAAAAGGCCUUUAUAUCACAGUGAACGACAAUUCCAUCAGCAAAAUUCAUCAUAUCCUCGCAAACUGGCCGGAAAGAAACGUUCGGGUAAUCGUGGUGACAGAUGGUGAGCGAAUUCUCGGUCUUGGUGACCUGGGAUGUUAUGGCAUGGGAAUUCCGGUGGGUAAACUAUCGCUAUACGUAGCGCUUGGUGGCGUCCAGCCAGAAUGGUGCUUGCCUGUAGUACUGGAUGUUGGAACAGAUAAUGAGACGCUCUUAAAAGACCCAUUCUACAUUGGUCUUCGGCGAAAACGAGUAAGGGGCGAGCAGUAUGAUAAUUUUAUCGAUAAU